ACUUCGAAUUCAGAUCACGAAUACACCGCGUCGUUUGUUAGUUUUCCGUCAAACGUUAUCACAGUAUGAUACUAACGUGAGUUUAAGUUCUAACGAUGAUUACGACGGGGAAAUACAUUGACGUUAUGUGAUGUUAGUGCGACAGUGAAAAUCGAAAACUGUCGCUUUUCUCUUAUUGGUUUCUCUUUAAAUGUUCUCUGGAUUGAUGAGUCACCUUUGAAAUAAUGACGGAAUGAAUGCAAUCUUCUUCUACCUUCCGCUUUUUUUGAUAUCGGCUCGCGGCGAAUAUCCCAAUAAUCAUGAUCAUUGCCAAAGCCGAAUUCUUCCUAACCCAACCAUUCCAACCCGACUGAACAUAAACUUAAAUUAUCUUCUAGUAGAUAUAAAUAAAAAGUUUGGGAAACUGAAUAAUAUAACAGCGUUGUCUAGAGAAAUCCUCCAGAACGAUAAAGUACUGGGCGUUAUUUUUUUCUCUAACGCGCAUAAUUUGUUGGCUUUAAACGUUUCGAAGAGACUGAAGAUUUUCUAUAAUAGAACUGCAGAGACGGAAACAUUUUGGGAAUCCCUUAAUGUUACGAAAAAUGGAUGGGGGAAGGCUUUUAAAGACUGUGAUUUUUUGAAAACGUGGGUUUACCCGUUUACCUUAACAACUUUCAAUACAACUAUAGGGUUGUUUAUACAAGUCGACUUAAAUCAAUGUGAUGAUGGACUCGCUGACAUAUUUAAUGGUAGUCAUAACUGUAAUAGAGAAACAAUGCUAUGUUUACGAAAUGGACCUCCAAUGGAAAAGAAUGGAAAUUAUCGAUGCGUUUGUCGAAAAGGAUACUACAAUCGCAGAGAUAAUUUUUCGUGGAAUGGUGAAGAUAUAGAAAUCAGAAGUAUUGAUAUUCCUCGAUGUAUACCGUGUCCUGAAGGAUGUCAGUUCUGCGAUCCAUCCGGAGUUUGCGGAACUCGACAGGACGUUUAUUUGAAAACCGUCAUCUUGUGUAUACAACUCAUCUGCAUGGCAAUUACCGUCAUUUUGGGCUUGAUAGUGUUUAAGCAACGUAAAACGAAGGCUAUUGCUUCUAGUAUGUGGAAAAUUCUAGAGACCAUUCUAUUGGGUAUCUUCAUAUUAUAUGCAACGGCGGUAGUUAAAUCAUUCGAGCCGUCCGUUGUGCAAUGUCUUUUGGAACCGUGGGUUCGAGAAGUUGGUUUCAUCAUUUGUUACGGCGCUAUCAUUUUGAAAUUAUACCGACAUCUGAUAGAAUUCCGAACGAGAAAAGCUCACAGAUGGGUAGUCAAAGAUACAGAUCUACUCAAGUAUCUUCUCAUUAUGAGCAUGUCGGUUCUGGCAUACAUGGCCGCAUACACGUCCAUAACUCUCAACUUUAUCCAAGAGAAUUAUAGUCUCCUGUUUCUAGGAAGGACUUUACAUGGAGAGCGUUAUUAUGCUUGUAAGUCGCUGUGGUGGGAUUACGUAACGGAAAUCGGAGAACUGGUUAUAUUAAUAUUCGGUAUACAUCUCAGCUAUGCCAGCAGAAAUGCUAGAACUCAGUUUCACGAACGAACAUUUUUAUGCGCAGCAAUAAGUUUGGAAUUAGCUUCUAGUACAUUAUUCUACGUAGCUCGUAUCCUUAUCCUGCCCGGGCUUCAUCCAGAUUUAGUUCUAAUAAUAUAUUGUAUAAGAACUCAAAUAUCUCAAACGAUGGCGCUGUUAUUGAUUUUCGUCCCGAAAUUCUGGUAUCAACAGAAACAAGUUAGAAAUUUAGCACAAGAAUAUUCAUGUCGACUUCCUGUGGAUGCAUUCAAGGUGGGUACUGAUAUUAGACGUACCACGGAUGUGAAUGCGCACGGUCCUCUAACGGGCAACAAUAGCGAUGUUGAAGUAGGAGAAGUAACCCUUGCCGAUAUGAGUCCCGACGAUAUAAGAGCCGAAUUGAAGAGGCUCUAUCUUCAAUUGGAGAUAUUCAAAAGCAAAACUUUAUGCAGGGAUAAUCCUCACAUAUCGAAGAGGCGCGGAGGAAGGAAAGCCCAGCAUCGAAGAUUCAGCCUACAGAAAAAAGGAAGCAGAGAGAAGAAUUUGCAUGGAAAACACAAAGAAAAAGAUAAAUACAAACAACAAGAAGAAAUAACCGAAGCAGAACCAUCCAGAACUCCUGAAGAUUCGGUGUGUAGUAAUGAAGGUCCCAGCGCUAUUUACGCUGAUUUACCAUCUGUUACAACACACAGCGAUCACAAAUAAUUUUAAUUCUUGUUAACAAUAUAUAUAUACAGAGUUUUUCUUAUGUACCAAUUUAUGAAUCUUCUUUUGUAAUAUCUUAUCCAUCCCAAAUAGACCUACCAGCAAUAUUUCGGCUAUUUUUCAACGUCAUCAGAAUUGAGCUCUUCGUUGUUACCAAAACUCUUGCCUAAGGAUAGUAGGUGUUAAUCUUUGAGGGCUGUAGGAUGGAUAUAAGGCUGUAAGAUUGAAUAUGAGAGACCUCCAAACACACAAAGUAUGAGGUACCUUGACAUUACUUAAACGAACGUUCAGUUACUACAAGGUGUUGUUAUUUAUGAGGCGCAUGGUUUAAUCGACUAGAAUUACACGUUUUUGAUUAAUCAUGGCUUACAAGUAAUCUUAUCACUUUUCUGGUUCAACAUGUCACAUUUUUUGUAAUGUUUCACGCAAUAUUUUUUACAUUCAAUAACUGACCGAAACUCGCAGACUAAGAGAAAAGAGCAUCUGGUAUGAAACGAAAACUAUUCAAUUAAUAAAUCUAUUACGGCUAAUUACGUUCGAUCCCUCGAUAAUUUUUUACGGACAAACCGUUAAUAUUAUGAAUCUCAUUGUUUUUGUAUAACCUUUAUUAACAUUUACAUUAUCUUUACAAAUUUUUUGAAGUCAAAAUAUAUUAUAGAAUAAAAGUUAUGGUGGAAGGAAGACAUCAAGUAAAAGAGCUGCUUGUCGGUGACCAAAAUUGCGGCUAUUCUGCUUAUCCUAAAAUUUCGAAAAUUAACUUUUUUUAUACACUUUUGAAAAUUACAUUCUAUUUUUUCGCUAGUAGAAAAAAAACUAUCGAAGCAAUCAUGAUAAUCCUAGUUCAAUAGCUGGUUAAUAACAUAUUAAAGAUGCUGUAUAAAUUAAUAACCCUCUGAAAAGUAAUUUUUUCUUUAAAUCGUCCUCGUAUAUGUAGCAGUGAGAAUUUUUUUGUAGUUUCGCGCAUACAAACUCAGCAUUCUUAAUCUAGUUGUAUUCAGAGAGAAAUCUGAUUUGAUUGACAUUAUUUUAGCUCAGAACUACCAUCAGAGAUUUUGAUAUCAGAUUAGAAUAUACUCCUCCUUAUAGAAAAGUUUUUGUUGCCUGAAUACUCUGUAUAUCAUAUUUAUAAAACCUAACGAAAUAAAAUUAUUGUACCUGACUUAUUUCUUAUAAUUUUUUUCUGAAAAUUGAACUAAUCGAUAUUUGUUUAGCCUAAUAUUUUGUAUUUUUGUUAAUUUCUAGUAAGGUAACAAUAAUAAAAUCCCACUAAAGCUAAUUUUUUAAGCAAUGUUGCCGUUUUUAUAAGUAGAACCAUACUUUUUCGGAAACAUUGUACGUCGCAAAAUACUAUGUAUUAAAUUCCAAGUUUUAAGUAUCAAAAUGGCUGUCGUUCAAUAAAAAAUAGUGCUACUAAGUUCGUCAUCAUCGACUAUCUCGUUUUUUUAAUUUAUAAUAUUGAAAAAAAGAUUCUAUUCAAUCCACAAAUCUAUGCCACAACAGAAGCCGGUUAGAUGGUCGAUGUCUGAUGGCCACGGCGUUUCGUUUCAUUAACGAAAUUUUAUUGACGUGUGUUAUUCUGUUGAAAAAGGAAUUGCAAUUGUCAAUUUAGAUAAGGCAGUAAGAUGAUUUUUAGUACAUCAUCACCGUAACCUCGAAUGAAUACAAGUGAUGAUCAACUACCAUAAAAGAUAAUGACCCAAACCAUCACAUCAUCUUGCGCACAUUUCUCUAUACAACAAACCUAAACACCUCGCUCUUCACCUCUUCAAAGAAAUAGCAUUGCACAGAAGCCGUUCUUUGCACCAGCUCUAGCCUAGGAAACAUGUCCUAUAGUCAAAGAACGGCGUGAAAAGUAGUGUACGCAUUUACCAAAUGAUUGAUCAGCAAUUUGAGGUCUGGUGGCAAAACCGUCGCUCAGAGUUAGUCGCUUUAAGCAUUUUGUUACGUUAAUCAGAAGUAGACAAACAAAAUAUCUGGACUAUUCGGCUUCCAUAGAAGGAUGAAAUAUAGAAAAGUUGAUUUUAUGAAAAUAGUGAAAGAUAAAACGUUGAAAACACUGAUUAACGAGUUGGUUAUUUUGUGAAUGUUUGUGAGACGUUGUAAAAUUGUUUAUAAUUCCCGUUCUGCUUAAAUUAUUACUAAAAAGUCUGACAACGUUGUUUGAAUGUGACCUCAAACUACUUGCAUCAAUUUUUCUAGUGUUAUACGUUUUUUAAACUAUUAAAGUUGAUUAAAAUCUUUCAUACUUAUUUGAAUAUUCGAAAUUGCUUAAAAUACGUUGAUCAUCUGGUAUUUUUGCUUUCCCUUCAAACAAUAACUUGAUGGUAGAUAAAAUCGUAGUUUACUAAUAAAUUUUGAAUAAUAGUCACAUCAAAUCUUAUACAAACAUUUAUGGUGUCACAAAUUCUUCGCUAUAAUUUUUUCUUCAUUCCGCUACCUCCUUCUCGUUCUCACUAUUUCUGUUCUCUAGUCUUUAAUUUCUUCUUCAUUAUAUUUGAUUCCCAUAUUCUUAUUUUUCUUGGUUUCAUUAGAUCUUCAUCUUUUGCUCUAAAUCUUCUUGACAACUUCUUGUAUCUAAUUUUAUUUUAUUCAGUUUAAUGUACAAAAGUCGCAGCCAGAGAAUUUUAUGUCAAUUUCUUAGACACUUGUUAGUUUGGUUUUACUUUUAUCUUUUAGUACUACAUUCCAUAGUACUUGCUGAGUUAUCUAUAAGUACUAGAUCAUAAGUUUCUUCUAGUACAAUCCCGAAUAAUCGUAAAAAGUAUUUUAUCACAUGGAAACUCUUUUAUGGAAAAUAAUAUCAUUAAUAUGUCUUUUUUGUUGCUGUACCUUCUCAAGACACCGCUGGAAAUGUUCAACACAAAUAUCUCUUUUUUUAAACUAAUCCCGUGGAAAAACUUUCGAGGGAUCAAUUUCAAACUUCUGGGAGACGAAGUUAUAACACCAUUUCUAUCAUUACGUUUGAAACUAAGUUUGUUAACAAAUACAUCUGGUCUCAAAAAAUUAUUAAGCAUGUCAGUUUAUCAGUAUUAUUUCUCCUUUUGUUAUUUCAAAUGCUUUCAAUUUCACAGUUGGAGAAUCGAAUGCUAAAACCAGUUCUGUGGCUUAUAAAAUGUGCAGUACAGAAGUGCUUUGUUAGUUGCCUAUAUUUUGACAUUUUGGAAAAACAAGGACUUGACCCGUAGAUGAAGUGGCAACGUGGCGUAAUCUCACAAAAAUAGGAAAUAAAA